GUACGCCAUAUUACAUCACUCUGUUUCCUGGCAGGCGGACAUUCACGCGUACAGCUCUCAACCGGGAACCGGCAGAAAGGACAGCUCCACAACAGCUUCAAACAGUCAAGAUGACUGUCAUGGAAUACGAAGACAAUGAAUCCAAGUUUAUCAGAAAAGCCAAAGAGAAUCCAUUUGUCCCUGCAGGGUUGGCUGGGUUCUUUGGCAUCGUGGCGUACAGACUGUACAAGCUGAAGAACAGAGGAGACACGAAGAUGUCCGUGCACCUGAUUCACAUGCGUGUGGCUGCGCAGGGCUUCGUGGUGGGAGCCAUGACUUUAGGAGUGAUCUACUCUAUGUACAAAGAGUACGUUCUCAAACCUCACGAUGCACAGAAAGCGUUAGAGCAGAAGGCACUGGAAAAAAAGUGAUUCCUGCGAUAUCCUUGAAAAUACCAGCUGUUGAGGGGUCCCUUUGUAUUUAUUGCUAACAUAUAAUUUAGGAUUGUUUUUUAGUUUUAAAUUUUUUAAAUUUAUUUCUUUAAACUGUUUUCUUUUUAAACUUGCAUUUGUUUAAGAAACAUUGUACUGUAUGAAACUGAAUUGUAGCUAUUGCCAACUAUUAUUUAUGUAUCAUAUCAGUGAUAAAAACUGAUGAAAACAAUAUUUGGAUUAGUGUUAUUUCUGCUAAAUGCUGCUGCUCUUGUUUCAGCACAGAGCUGUGACAUUAAGAUCUUUGCACCUUGUAACUCAAGAUUCAUUCUUGUAUCAUUGUAUUAAGUCAAUAGACAAAAGAUAUUCCAGGACCACAAACCUAACAAACCAUCAUCUGAAACUGUACAAUGCAUUGAACACAAUAUGGGGUCUUCACCACUGCUCCAGAGUGUCAUGAGGAAGGAGACGAGCUUGUUAUUUUGUAGAUCUAUUUUGUUACUGUGAGGUAAUUAAUGCACUUUUUUCAUAUUUCAAAAAGGACACAAAUUGUACUUUUAGAGUGAUAUAUAUUUUGAGGAUCUCAGCUGAUAGUGUGUUUAUCUUUGCCAAUAUAAACGGUUGUAAUUCCAAUAAACUCGGCUCAUUUUACAUCCAUG